ACGGAACGUUCAGUAGUGCGCUUGUUUCCGUGGAAAUCAUUUAUUUUCGAACAAGAAGGUUUCCUGUCACAAAAUGGUUCCCCUAACAACUAACUAUAGCUAGCUAGGGAAGUUAGUGAACACGAUGUUUUCUCGUAUUGUUUAAUUUAUGUUUCUGAAAUCGCUCAAUUUAUUGCUAAUCUAAAAAUGAAUUCCAGGGUUUCUGAAAAUACAGUGUCUCGCCCGUUGAGACGAUCGACAAGGCAGUCAUCGGGUAACGUUAACCUUAAAGUAUUGAGUUUUGAAGCGACGCCCAGAGGUCCUCUAAAACGGACCAGAAAGGGGUUAGAAAGCCAAGCACCUUUAACAGCGGUCAAUGGUUCCAAAGAUGUGGAGACUGGCUUAGAGGAUGAAGAUUCCCCUAGUAAAAAGAGCAGGCUCGAGACUGGAGGAGCAGUGGGCGGCAGUGGUGAUAAGAAUGAGACUGAGAUGGAUGUCCAGGAAUCAUUUGAAGAUCUGGAGGAAAAUAAAGAUGAAGACCAGGAAAUGGAUAUUAUACCCGAUUCCUCUCAUGUCACUCAUCAACCAAAGGGUGAAAGGUUCCAAGGCGCUUUUGGAGAUAUGAAUUUAUCCCCUCGUGUAGUGCUCCAUGAAUGCUGCAGAUCCAGUCAUGCUGUACACGAAGAUGCAGACUUGAUGAAAACCAAGACAGUUAAACCAUCAACAAAAGGACAUGUACCCCCCCCCAAGACUACUGCGCAAAUCAGACCACCGGCAAACCGACAUGAUGUCCCGAUCCCUAGCAUGGCUGACUACAAGAGGACGAUGGAGGCCAAAGCUAAGACCACUGGUAUGGUGGACAUUUAACCACCAUGCCCCCAUGUUUCCCAAAACCCGGAAAACCCCUAACAACCCGCAGCGGUCAAUAACUUCCAAAACCAAGAAGAAACU